GAGCUAUGCCGAUGCUGGAUCCAUUUCACCCACCAGCCUAGCUGCCAAGGCGGCAGCUCUCCGAAUCUCUUUCCCAGAGUCCCGCAGCAAGACGAGCAGCCGUGGAGAUUAUCUGGCGCCGAUGCUUGCGAGCUUACGUGGUCCUGAGGCUGGGGAGGAAGACCAGUCGACGAAACAGGCUGCCGCGGAAAUUCCCGCGGCGCGGCCGCCGGAAGAGUUGGCAAAUCCACCGGCAGAGAUAGAAGAGGCAGAGUUGCUCGAAAAGGAGGAGAAGGAGAUGGUCGAAGCCACCUCUUACCUCCGGGAUUCGAGCCUGGGCCCUCCUCUGAUGUGGGAGUCCGAACGGGUGGUGCAACUGCAGGCUGAGCAGGAGGCGCAGGCUGAAGUCAUGUCGCAGUCGACGGCCACAGCAUCUGCUCGAAUGCCCCGCGGUCGAAGUGAAGUUGUGACGGCUGUAGACGAUUGGUUCGGUGGCCUGUUCGGCUGA